AUGCUAGCCAAUUUCCGUGCUAUGUUUCCACAUCAGAAGAUUUUCGUUUACGAUUUAGGUCUUCAACCAGAAUUACGAAAAGAGAUUGAGAGUAAGUGCUUAGUGGAGGUGCGCAAUUUUCCAUUUGAUCAUUAUCACUCAAACAUGAAGAGGUUGACGGAGUAUAGAUGGAAAGCUAUUCUUGUAGCUACGGCAGUACGAGAAUUUGGUGCAGUUUGGUACAUGGAUACCUCCAUACGUUGGAUGAAAGAUAUUCGUCCUCUGGUAUAUGACGCUUAUGGCAGGAGAAAAAGAAACGGCGGAAAUUUUCCCAGCGCCGCAAUGUUGCAUUUGGCACUUCGCCGCAGCACAUUCAUCACUACUCACCCAGGAACUUAUACAUUUCUUCCUACAAAUAUGAAAGAAAUCAAGAAGAAGACCUGCCCGCACAUGCAAAGCGGUUUCAUGUUUUUUAUAAGAACGAAUGAUGCUAUUGAGAUUUUGAAGUGGUUUGUUCUUUGCAGUUUGGAAGAAAACUGCAUAGCUCCUCUUGGAGCAAAAAGAUCAUGCGAAUUUGCACACGAUCGUUACGAAAAGUACGCUAACUGUCAUAGAUUUGAUCAAUCUGUAGUUAAUUUACUACUAGCAAACGCUUAUCGAUGCAACGUCUCAAACUACUUUAGCUCCAUUGGGCGAGGCGUAAAAGCGAUUCACAACGAAGACCAUUACCUUAGAGAAAUUGACUUUGCUUGCUCAUACAAGAAAGUUACAACUUGA